CCGCCAUGAACAUCUUCCGGCUGACCGGGGACCUGUCCCACCUGGCGGCCAUCGUCAUCCUGCUGCUCAAGAUCUGGAAGACGCGCUCCUGCGCGGGUAUUUCCGGGAAAAGCCAGCUUCUGUUUGCACUGGUCUUCACGACACGAUACCUGGACCUUUUUACUUCUUUUAUCUCAUUGUAUAACACAUCCAUGAAGCUCAUCUACAUUGCCUGCUCCUAUGCGACCGUGUACCUGAUCUACAUGAAGUUCAAGGCCACCUAUGAUGGCAAUCAUGACACCUUCCGGGUGGAGUUUCUAGUGGUCCCCGUGGGAGGCCUCUCGUUCCUGGUCAAUCAUGACUUCUCACCUCUGGAGAUUCUCUGGACCUUCUCCAUCUACCUGGAGUCCGUGGCCAUCCUGCCUCAGCUCUUCAUGAUCAGCAAGACCGGCGAGGCGGAGACCAUCACCACCCACUACCUGUUCUUCCUGGGCCUCUACCGCGCCCUGUAUCUCGUCAACUGGAUCUGGCGCUUCUACUUUGAGGGCUUCUUCGACCUCAUCGCCGUGGUCGCUGGCGUUGUCCAGACCAUUCUUUACUGCGACUUCUUCUACUUGUACAUUACAAAAGUGCUGAAGGGAAAGAAACUCAGUUUGCCAGCCUAAGUGCCAAAGACCAUCGCCAGCAUCUGUCCU